GCGGGGUGCGGCCAGGUUGACUCCGACGCGCACCCAGUCCUGCAUCGGCGAUGGCCGAGUCCGAGCUACAGCUGGUGGCACGGCGGAUCCGCAGCUUCCCGGACUUCCCCAUCCCGGGCGUGCUUUUCAGGGAUAUGUCGCCCCUCUUAAAGGACCCCGAUUCUUUCCGAGCCUCCAUCAGCCUCCUGGCCAGUCACCUGAAGAAAACCCAUGACGGCAAGAUCGACUACAUCGCAGGUCUCGACUCCCGCGGCUUCCUGUUCGGCCCCUCCCUGGCCCAGGAGCUCGGUGUAGGCUGUGUGCUCAUCCGGAAACGCGGGAAGCUGCCGGGUCCCACCCUGUCCGCCUCAUACACACUGGAGUAUGGGAAGGCUGAGCUGGAGAUCCAGAGGGAUGCCCUGGAGCCAGGCCAGAGGGUGGUCGUGGUGGAUGAUCUGCUGGCCACCGGUGGAACCAUGCGGGCAGCCUGCGAGCUGCUAGGCCAGCUGCAGGCCAAGGUGCUGGAGUGCGUGAGCCUGAUGGAGCUGACCUCACUGAAGGGGCGAGAGAGGCUGGGCACCGUGCCCUUCUUCUCUCUCCUGCAGUACGAAUGACCCGGCUGGGAGGCUCCAGCACAUUUCCCGCUGAACAGGAAGUGUGGUCGGGGCAGCUGCAGUGACCUCUCUUGGCCACCAGGGGCACUGGAUGCCCACCUGGGACUUUUUUUUUCCUAAUGAUUUCUGCGGUUCAGUGAGUUUCCUGGUGGGUGCAGGCCCUUCCUGUGGGUUCUGGUGUGUCAAGGCCUUGAGCUUGUCCCCUGUGCCAGAGCCCAGACCAGGCCACAGCUGGUUUAUUUAUACACACAGCAAAACAAGAAUAAACAACUUUGUUAAAAGUACCAGCUGCUGUCAUCUGUACCUAGGACCUGGGGAUGGGGAGAUGCACCACCCAGAACCUGAAAGCUCAGUGCCAGGCUCCAGCCCCAGAAACACUGCCGACCCA